AUGACCACAGUAUACUGCCAACCAGCCACCACUUCCAACUCUUAUGUAACGAUUGAUUCUGAUGUUCGAAUACUUCGAAUGCAAUGUAUAAGUGAUGAAGGAAUUCUGGACAUGGAUGAUAGGAUCAUAGAUGUGUUUGAUGAGGUUCGAGAUCAGAUUCUCGCCAUUUACGACGAGCAGUCGCCAAACGGCAGUGACGCUGCGGACGGUUGCACGGUGACGACACCACGAGGUCCUGUGGUGGGACGUGUUCGUGACAGUAUUGUGGAAAUUGUCAGUUUGGAGAACCCACCU